AUGGCGUCCAAGGAGAUAACGGAGACGCCCCAAGGGGCGCGGCCUCCUCCAGCCUCGCCCCUUGGGAUCCUAAGUGAGAAGAAGCCAAUCGUUCCCGACUUUUCUGACAAUGUUUCCGACUCGUCGAGAGAUGAGGGUCAGAUCCUCAACGUCACCGAGGACGACCUCCUCGAGGCUAAAGCCCUGGCUUCUACUUUUAGCCUUGAAGAUACCCGUCGGUUGAUGCAACGAGUUCACAAGCAACACUCAAGGGAUCCCAAUUUCCCCAUUAGUAUUAUUGAGAGAAUUGAAGAGUUUCUCGCGAGCGAGGACAUCUUCGACAACCCCGAGAAGCACGAGCGCCUCAUCCAGGAAAUGAAGAUCGAGGCAGCUCUUAUCACCAACAACUCCCCUUACGCCGAAGUGCGAGCUGUCGUCGACAACCACGACGACCCCACCAUGCCGGCAUCGACACUUCGAGCCUGGUUUAUCGGAAUUUUCUUUUCGUGCGCUAUCUCUUUUAUCAACUCAUUCUUCGACGUCCGUCUUCCCAGCAUCUACGUUAUUCAGACCGUCCCCCAGCUCUUGGCGUAUCCAUUUGGUAAACUCCUUGAGAAGACCCUCCCUGACUGGGGAUUUACCCUCUUCGGUGUCUAUCAUAGCCUGAAUCCUGGCCCAUUCAAUAAGAAGGAGCACAUGCUCAUCACCAUCAUGGCCAAUGUCGCAAAGAGCACGCCCUAUACCAACUACAUUGUCUGGAUCCAGGUUCUUCCCCAGUAUUUCAACCAGCCCUGGGCAAUCAGUGUCGGCUACCAGGUUCUCAUCGCUUUGUCCACGAACUUUAUCGGUUACGGUCUCGCGGGCCUUUGCCGCCGUUUCCUUGUCUACCCCGCAUACUGUGUCUGGCCCUCGUCUCUCGUGACCAUUGCCCUCAACGCUGCUUUCCAUGAUGGCGCUAGCGAGAGCGCAUCGGUUCUUGGCCCUCUCAAGAGCGUAUGGAAAAUGACCCGUAUCAGGUUCUUCGCCUGGGCUUUCGGGCUCAUGUUCCUUUACUUCUGGCUUCCAAACUACCUUUUUGCCGCACUGAGCUACUUCAGCUGGAUUACCUGGAUUGCUCCCAAUAAUGGCGACCUCGCCAGAAUCACUGGCGGCUAUCGAGGCCUGGGAUUGAAUCCCAUCCCUUCAUUCGACUGGAACAUCUUUACUUACGUGGUAGAUCCUCUCAUGGUCCCUUUCUUCUCGACCUUUAACGUAUUCCUCGGAACAUUUUUCUCCAUGUUCGUUAUCAUCGCUAUUUAUUACACUAAUACCUUCAACACGGGCUUCCUCCCCAUUAAUUCGAACCGUACCUACGAUCAUUUCGGUAAGAUUUACAAAGUCGCUUCCAUCAUUGACGAAAGAGGCAUCUUCGAUGGAGAAAAGUAUGAGCAAUACUCGCCUCCAUUCCUAUCGGCUGGAAAUGCCGUCGUCUACUUAUUCUUCUUCGCCGUCUACUCGGCCACUGUGACCUACGGUAUUCUCUACCACAGACACGAGAUCAUGCUGGGACUUAGGGAUGCCUGGUCCGCCAUUAAGUGGAAGAAGAACAAGAACGGUGACGACCAAGAGAUCACCCAGGAAAAGGCGGACCGCGAUGCCCUUGAUAUCCACAAUCGUUUGAUGUCCUCCUACAAGGAGGUUCCCGAAUGGUGGUAUAUGAUUUGCUUGGUUAUUUCGAUUGGCCUUGGAAUCGCCGGAAUUGCUGCGUACCCCACAAACACGACUCCCGCCGUGGUGCUCUACGGUAUUGCGCUUUGUCUGGUCUUCGUCGUCCCUAUUGGUAUCAUCAAGGCUAUGACUGGCGUGGAAGUUACGCUGAACGUGUUGGCCGAGUUCAUCGGCGGUGUUUGGGUUGAAGGAAACGCCAUUGCCAUGUGCUUCUUCAAGUCUUACGGCUACGUCACGGCGGCCCACGCUCUUUCUUUCAGCGCCGAUCUCAAGCUUGCGCACUACAUCAAGAUUGCGCCCCGGUUCACCUUUUUUGCUCAGAUGGUGCCGACCGUGGUGUCGACGUUCAUUAGCGUCGCCGUCCUCCAGUAUCAGAUUCACAUCGACAAGAUCUGCACCGAAGACGCGCCCUUCCGAUUCACCUGUCCAGGUCCCAACACUUUCUUCACCGCCGCCGUCUUUUGGGGAACUGUAGGUCCGAGGAAAAUUUGGGGAGUCGGCGGCCAAUAUGCCGUUACUCUCGUCGGUUUCCCCAUUGGCGUUGCUGUUGUCGCAAUCUUCUACCUACUCAGCUUGAAGUGGCCCAAGAACGCCAUCAUCAGGAACGCCCAUCCUGUUGUAAUGUUCAAUGGUGCUCUUAUCUGGGCUCCCUACACCCUCGCUUAUGUCUGGCCCGCCGUUCCUGUCGCUGCCUUCUCGUGGCUCUACCUCAGGAAGAGGUUCCUGGGCUUCUGGUCAAAGUACAACUUCGUUACUUCCGCUGCCUUCUCCUGCGCUGUUGCCAUUUCGGGUAUCGUCAUCUUCUUUGCUCUCCAGAUUUCUAACAUCGAGGUCGAUUGGUGGGGCAAUAGCGUUCCCUUCGAGGGCUGUGAAGGCGCUGUAUCAUGCACCCUCAAACAGCUUGAGAAUGAAGGAGACUACUUCGGCCCAAGGAUUGGUGAAUUCCAUUGA